AUGGAAGAAUUAUUAAAAACAUUUACCAAUGGAAUUAUUUCGAAAAAGCAAUUGAAAGAAUUAAUUGAAUCGUCAUCACCAUCUUCUGUAAAAUAUUUUCUAUUUGAUGUUAGAAGUGAACAGGAAGCUAAUGGAAUAUUUCAUCCAAUAUUACCAACUGCUGUAAAUAUUCCGAUUUAUCAUUUGGAACCAAUUUUUGAAAUGGAUGAUGAGGAUUUUAAGAGUCAACUCGGAAUUGAAAAACCAAAAUCUGAUGAUUUAAUUAUUGUCUAUUGUGAGCAUGGUAUUAGAAGUGCAAUGGCACAACAAGUAUUAAUAGAAGAGUAUGGAUAUUCAAAUGUUAUUAAUUAUAGAGGAUCUGCUCAUGAUUGGUACUCUUAA